CUCAAAAUAAUUUUGAGUAUUCGCAUUCAGUUGUUAAAUAGUUUUCGACCCUAGCGAACGUCUGCGUGCGUUUUACGUGCUUAGAUUUAUAUAUAUUAUAUAUAUAAUAUAUAAUUCAUAUAAUUUUUUAUUUAUGUAGAAUAUAUAUUGCGAAAUUGAAGUUGAAAAAAAUGCAAGCAAAUUCUAUUUGGAAAUGUUUGCUGCUGUCUUCGCUGAUUGCUGGAAGCAGCCCAGUGGGCGCUCUCAACAUCUUGGGUCUCUUCAUCCAUCCGGCCAUCAGCCAUUUUCAGUUCUUUCAGCCACUUUUGCGCCGGUUGGCCGAGAUCGGUCACAACGUGGAUGUCGUCAGCCCAUUUCGCGAUGCACAGCCCCCAAAGGGCUAUACGGACUAUACCCUGCCCAGCGUCAAUUUGAGCAAUCAGCUAGGUUUCGAUAUGUUUGAAGAUAUUCCUAUGCCAUCUCUAUUGCCCUUCGGCGAGUUCUUCAUUCUGUACGCCUAUGGCAGGGAUGCGUGCAAUGCAACGCUUCAUAGCGAGGCACUAGCCCAGGUGCUCCAACAUCCGGCUGGCUAUUAUGACGUCAUCAUCAUGGAACAAUUUAAUACGGAUUGCAUGAUGGGCGUGGCUUAUCAGCUGCAGACGCCCGUCAUCGCCAUGAGCAGUUGCGCCCUAAUGCCGUGGCAUUACGAACGCAUGGGCACUCCGAUAAAACCAUCCUAUAUCUCGGCUCUGUUUCUGGGCCAGUCCGAGAAUAUGUCCUUCUCAGGUCGCCUUGGCAACUGGCUGACCACGCACACGCUCAAUUGGCUUUAUAGCUUGUUUAAUGUGCCCGCUGCUGAUGCGUUGCUGCGUGAGAGAUUUGGACCCGGCAUCCCGAGCACUGGCGAGCUGGUGAAGAACACCUCCCUGAUGCUUAUCAAUCAGCAUUUCUCCUUCAGCGGCGCCAAGCCUCUGCCACCGAACGUCAUUGAAGUGGGCGGACUGCAUCUAAGAGCAGCGAAGCCCUUGGACGCUGCACUGCAGCAGCUGCUGGACAGCGCUGAGCAUGGCGUUAUACUCAUCAGCUGGGGCUCCCAGCUAAGAGCCAACUCGCUGUCCAGCGCUAAGCGUGAGAGUCUCCUUCGCGCCUUGGCCCGUCUGCCGCAGCAGAUUAUCUGGAAGUGGGAGAACGACACGCUGCCCAAUCAACCAGCCAACGUGCACAUCAUGAAGUGGCUUCCCCAGCGCGAUAUCUUAGCGCAUCCCAAUUUGCGCGUAUUCUUCAGCCAUGGCGGCCUGAUGGGUCUCACGGAGGCCGUCGCCAGCGGCGUGCCUGUGGUGGGCAUGCCAGUCUAUGGUGAUCAGUACUUGAAUGUGGCGGCUCUUGUGCAACGCGGCAUGGCUGUGCGUGUGGACCUCAGGCAGUUCAGCGAACAGACCGUAUUUGACGCACUCACCCAGGCCCUGGAUCCUAGCUACAAGCAGCAGGCCAAAAAGGUUGCCGCUGCCUACAACGAACGUCCGCAAUUGGCGAUGGAUAACGCUCUCUGGUGGGUACACCAUGUGGCUGAGACACGCGGUGCUCCACUGCUGCGGUCCAGUGCUGCUAAGCUCAAUCGCUUUGUCUACUAUUCGCUGGAUGUCUAUGUGACAAUUGGGGCUGCUCUGUUAUUGCUCCUGGUCGUCGCUCUUAAAAUCUGGCGUAUAUGCUGCGGACGGAAGCGGCAACUGUCGAAAGCUAAGCGCAGUUAGUUAAAAGAAGAAAAAUCACUUAAUACUCUAUGAAGCUCAACGAACUAAGAAACCGUUAAUAUCUCA